CAGAUAUACACACGGCUCUGUAAAAUGGCGGCGUGAGAGAGGCUCGUUCAAAACACAGAGACGUUUUUACCGGAGAGGCAGGUUAUCUAAACACCGGAGAGGAAAGGACCGUCCGGGAGUCACUCACAGGUCCAGAUAGAGAGACGGAGGGAUGGCGAAGAGGAUCGCUGAUAAAGAGCUAACGGACAGGAACUGGGAUCAGGAGGAGGAGGGAGAGGAGGCCGGGACGUUUUUAGUUGCAAGUGAAGAUGUGUUGAAGAGUCGGCCGAUAAAGAAGGCCAAACGCAGAAACAUCGGAGAGGCCGAUGGAAGCGGAUCCUUCAAAGGGUUUAAAGGGUUUUCUUUGUCGUCGGCGGCGAGCGGCGGAGGCCUCACCUCUACGGCGUUCUCCGGAGGCUCCGCCCCCACGGCGUUCUCCGGUUUCGGUAACGGAGGAGGAGGGUUCUCGGGCCUCAGCGCACUGGCCAACGGGAACAGCAGCAGCUCUCUUCCAGCGUUCUCCGGUUUCUCUUCUCCGGCUGUGACGUCCAGCUCAUCACCAGGUCUGACGUUCAAUGGCCCCGCCUCCUCUGACAUCAUGCUCCAGCAGACCAAUGGCUCCAGCCCGAGCUCGACUCAAAGCUCCACCAACAACAAGGAGUACAGCCGUCAGCUGACGGCUCUGAACUGCUCGGUGAGAGACUGGAUCACCAAACACGUCAACGGGAACCCUCUGUGUGACCUGAACCCCAUCUUCAAGGACUACGAGCAGCACCUGGCCAGCAUCGAGCGGCAGUACGGAGCCGGAGACGAGGAGAAGAAGAAGAAGCCUCCGACCACGACCACCACCGCUCCUCCUGCUGUUGCUCCUUCCUCCUCAUCAUCAUCAUUGUCCUCGUUCUCCUUCGGCAAAACUCUGACAGAAGACUCGUCCAAAAGCCCCGGCGUCACGUUUAACUUCGGUCAGAAGGUGGACGGCUCCGUCCUCGGCUCCUUAGGGGCCAAAACAACCCCCCCGAGCUUCUCCUUCUCCUCCUCCAGCGCCUCCUCCUCCUCCCUGUUCGGAUCCUCCUCCACCGCUGCACCGCCGUCCUUUAAGUCCGGGGACGCUCGGCCUCCAGACGAGAACGGAGAAGAAGAGUCGGAGGAGCCGCCCAAACCGGAGAUCAAAGAGGUGAAAGAGGACGACGCCUUCUACUCCAAGAAGUGUAAACUGUUCUACAAGAAGGACUCAGAGUUCAAAGAGAAAGGAGUCGGAACGCUUCACCUCAAACAGACCGAGGGCAAAGUUCAGAUGAUCAUCAGAGCCGACACCAACCUGGGUACAAAUAUACACAAACUACACCGACCUGGGUACAAAUGUACACAAACUACACCGACCUGGGUACAAAUGUACACAAAGUACACCGACCUGGGUACAAAUGUACACCGACCUGGGUACAAAUGUACACAAACUACACCGACCUGGGUACAAAUGUACACUAACUACACCGACCUGGGUACAAAUGUACACUAACUACACCGACCUGGGUACAAAUGUACACUAACUACACCGACCUGGGUACAAAUGUACGUCCGUCCUCCAUGCCCCCUUUGUUAGUAUCUUCCCCCCUCCUCUCCAGGUCUAUUCAGUACUUUCUUUUCCUCUUUCUGCUCCAGAACGGUUAUUAGAUUUAAACUAAGUCUGUUUUUUCAAUCACAAACCUGAAGAUAAUGAAUCUAAUAAAUACAUAAAAUACUCAACCAUCAGCGGCGAUCAAACGGCUCCACCUGCUGGUCAAACACCAGAACUGCUGCUUCAGUUAACUCCAAAGAUGUCGUUUGGACUGAAGUUUGAUGAGUUUCUGACGUUUUAACGGUUCAAUUAAAGAGACGACCACUUUUUACUUCUUUGUCAUAAAUAAUAAAGAAGUAACCAGUGUUCAGAUUGGUUCCUAAUAAUAACUCUUAACUAUUAAAAUUAAUAAAGAAGCAAAUUAAAACAGAAAUAUAAAUGUCACAUUUUUAUCAAUUAAUGAAGGGCUACAUAUUUUGUAUUUAUGGUACAUUUAAUGGCAUAUUAAUUUAGAGUUAUUUUGGCUCAUCCCACUGGGCCUCAAAACAAUCUACACAAAUCAUUUAAAAUAAGAAAUUUAAUUUUGGAUUAAAGCAGAUUUAAACGGUUCCCUCUGACCUGAAAAAAUUAUUUUUUUUAUAAUCGAUUAAUUAAAGAAAUGAUCAGCAGAUUAAUAAAUUAUAUAAAUAUUGUUUAGUUGCAGCCUGAACUUUAAAAGUUUCAGUUAAACUGAAGACGACCGAUGUUCCAGAAUAAUCACACUGACCUUUUAUU